AUUGCUCUUCUCCACCCUAUCUCCUCUCUCCUUCUCUUCCACUCCCUCCUCCUUGGCCUUCUCCUUCCGGGGUUCUGGCGUUCAGUCAACCCCAGUUAUAACGGAGGCGAGCCCAAGCGCUCUCGAACAGCCUAUACCCGGCAGCAGGUCUUGGAGCUGGAGAAGGAAUUCCACUUUAACCGCUACCUGACCCGGCGGCGCCGCAUCGAGAUCGCUCACACGCUCUGCUUGUCUGAGCGCCAGGUCAAGAUCUGGUUUCAGAACCGGCGCAUGAAGUGGAAGAAAGAUCACAAACUUCCCAACACCAGAUGCGAUCUUCCAACCCUGCAUCGGCCCCUGCCGGCCCGCCUGGAAAAGCACAAGCCCACAGCCCCCACCCCCAUCCCCACCCUCUCCCUGACGCCUCCACACCCAUUCCCUCCUCCAUGUAGUCAUCUGAGGACCUAAAUCAGUUCCUGUCACUUACCUGCCCUUCUCUCCUGCUCCUAUCCUCAUCCACUCCUCCCCAAGAAAACCAUGACAGACACCAAAACAAAAUUCAACUUGGUGGAAACCAUAACCAAAAAGAAGAUAUUAUCCCUGGUAAGUGUCUGUGUAAUCCCCAAGAGGACAGAUGUCCUGGACACUGCCUAGUGGAACAACCUGCUGACCUGGACAACCUUGCCAGGGGUGGAAACCUGUGAGGAAGCGCUUAUCAUGGAAUGGCUUUGAGUCAGCAGGACAGCACAUGCUGACUGGGGACAUGCACUUGUAUCGUUGUGACAAGCAGAAGAAGCAGGCCCUUUCCCAGCUUCCAGUACCUUCCUCUUCUACAUUAAGGCAGCUCACAUGAGCUUUACUGAGUAGACAUUGUGGACCUCACCAGAUUAUUUAAUUCUCAAAAUGUGUAGAACUCGAUGGUAGGUGUGGCAUGUAGUUUCCUCUCCUUGCAUUUAUUUAAAAUAUUGUUAUAGAGAUAUGAUUGUCUUAUUCUUGGGCACAAUCUUGGGGGAGAGGGAAAUGCAUUUAGACCCACUUGCAACUGUACAAAGUGAUAUGGCUGUGUAAAAAGGAAUGUGCUAAGAAUAAACAUUUAAAAAAAACA